CUUGUGACUGUUUGUAUUCUUUCCUCUCGUGUUUUUGUUAUUUUUACAGUGUUUGUUAUUUUGUUUGUGUUUGAGUAUGGGUGGAGAGGUGGAUGACGGCCUAUAUGUGGGUGUGGAUGUAGGCAGCGGCAGUGUCCGAGCAGCCCUGGUGGAUGGCACUGGGCGGGUACUGCACACACACACACACGUCAUCACCACCGCCAACCCACAGCAAGACUACUAUGAACAGGACUCGGAGGAAAUAUGGCGUGCUGUGUGUGUGUGUGUCAAGGCAGUGACCAAGGAGGAGGAGGACAAGAGCAGGAUAAAAGGCAUAGGAUUUGAUGCCACCUGUUCUCUAGUUGUGCUGGCGCCAGAUUUCACCCCUGUAACUGUCAGCCCUACAGGUGAGGCGCGGUUCAACAUCAUUAUGUGGAUGGAUCACCGCGCCAGCAAGGAGGCCGACUUCAUCAACUCACACCCACACAAGGUGCUGAAGUUUGUGGGUGGCAAGGUGUCGCCUGAGAUGCAGACCCCAAAGCUACUCUGGCUCAAGAGACACAUGACCUCCUCCUGGGUCACGGCAGGUCACUUCUUUGACCUCCCAGAUUACCUCACCUUCAAAGCUACUGGCAGUAUCUCAAGGUCGCUGUGCUCCCUGACCUGCAAGUGGACCUAUUUGAGUGGUGGGGUCGGGUCAGCAGGGGAGGGGGACAAGGGUGGCUGGGACGAGGCCUUCUUCCGUCACAUUGGCCUGGAGGAGCUGGCCGAGGAGGGCUGGGCCAGGAUUGGGCAGGAGGUGAGGGCGCCAGGGGAGCGGUGCGGGGGGCUGACGGACACAGCCGCACACAUGAUGGGGUUACGCGCACACACCCCGGUGGCCGCCUCGUUCAUAGACGCACACGCCGGCUGUCUGGCAUUAGUGGCGGCUGGAGUGACGGACAGGCAGACACUCACCGGCAGGCUGGCCUUAAUUUGUGGCACCUCCACCUGCCACAUGUCACUGAGCCCUGGCCCUAUAGAGGUGCCGGGGGUGUGGGGUCCUUAUGGGGGGGCAGUACUCCCCUCCACCUAUCUAGCAGAGGGGGGGAUCUCCGCUUCAGGGGCCCUUGUGGAUCAUAUUAUUAGGAGUGGUGGUGGUGGUGGUGGUGGUGACAUCUACGGAAGACUGGAGGAGUGUCUGGAGGAGGAGGCGAAGAAGGAAGGGGUCUCCUCCUCCUCCCUCCUCACCCAACACCUCCAUGUGUACCCUGACUUCCAUGGCAACAGGAGUCCUCUAGCCGACGCACACAUGACUGGGAUGAUUUGUGGGCUGAGUCUAGACCAGAGUGAGAGAAGGCUAGCCCUCACCUACCUGGCCACACUGCAAGCCCUGGCCUACGGGACGAGGCAGAUAAUGGAGCACAUGACUCAGGCUGGCCAUGAGCUCACCACAGUGUUGAUGUGUGGCGGGCUGUGUGCAUCUGACCUCUACAUACAGACACACGCCGAUGCCCUAGGGAUAGAAGUGUUGACGCCGCAGCAGCAGCCGUCAGUGGUCCUGGGGGCGGCCAUAUUGGGUGCCGCCGCGUCAGGCCGCCACCCCAGCCUGGAGGCAGCGGCGCGGGCCAUGGGCGGGCCUGUCAGGAGGUGGCCGCCCAACCCACAGGUGAAGGGUUUCCACGACAAGAAGUACCAAGUGUUUCUGGAAAUGCAGCAACACCAGAAGAAAUACAGAGAAAUGAUGAACGAACCACUAAAUUGACCAAGAAAUACAGUAAAUAAAAAAAUAAUAAAUAAAUG